AUGCGCUACAGAGAAAAAGAACGUACAAGAGAGACGCAACAUUUUGGCAAAGACUUUAUAUUCAAAGGAAGUGAAUGGUCAAUAAGUCACAUAGUGCUUGCGCUGUAUCAGGGAAACUGGGCCUAUGGAGGCUAUGGAGUUCUCAAUUACGGCAUGGAAGAUAUUAAGAUCAAGGACUUCAAAAGGACAGUACCACGUGCCGUUCUCACCGGUCUAUUCGGCAGUGCAUUUGUCUACGUGCUGACCAAUGUUGCGUAUUUCACUGUGCUCACUCCUCAAGAGAUGCUGGAGUCUUCUGCUGUCGCAACGACUGUACUCGCUAUGGCGUUCUGUCUAAUUGGUGAUGUCUACGUGUUGGUAAGCUAUUUAACGAUAACGGCUGUGGCCGCUACAAUGUUUUCGGUUGGUGCGCUUGUAUUCAUAAAAUGGAAGAAGAUUCCGGUUAGCGCAAACGCUGUUAAGGUAAACUUCUUCCACACAACAUUUUAA